AUGUCAACAUGUAGUGGCCUUACUUCACGGCGAGAUGCUGCUACUGAUGAUGAUAGGAUUCCUUUACUUCUUUCAGGCGUAUUUGAUCUGUUUGUGUACAAAGUCCGCAAUUCUGACCAAACCUCCUUCAGUUGCCAAGUGACAAUUCAAACCUUUCGACUACUUCAACCACCCCGAGUGAAGACUCUCACCAGUUCCACUGUUUUCCUUACUAUUUAUAGAAUGGGGUCUAAGAUGUGGAAAGCCCUUGUCAUAUGUUCUGCACAGCGUUCCCAGAAGCUGUUGAAGACCCCAAAUCACUUCCGAAGACGCAAGAAGGCAUAUGAGUGGAGAAAAAUUGAAAACAAGGCCAUUCAGAAGGACGGAGAGACUAUGGGCACGAACGAGGGUCUACUUCAUCGGGAGGCUAGUCCCCCAGAAAGACUUAUUCUUAGACGAAUUCCCCUACCCGCUACUUCCAAGCACCUCCAAAACGGCAAUAUCAAUCUCCAGUCAGAUAAUCCAUCACUAGCUGAUAUUCACGCAUUCCAGAGUUUUGAAAGGCCUCUCUCUCCUCCACGACCCACCACUCACCGACUUCAACAUUCCACGGCAUUGGCCACCUCGAUGGAGGCUACUUUCCAACAAAAAGAUGAAAUUUGGGCUCAGGAGGGUCAUCAAAUUGCCAUGGAAUGCAUGGCAUCGCCCAGUUUCCCAGCCUCCAAAUUAAUGUGGAUCCUAUCACCAGCAGCAGAAGUAGAGAAGGACUUGUCUCUUCAACCCAUUUUCGAUUUUGAGGACUUUUCAAAGAAAAGUCGAAGCCUCCAGUUUGAACGGAAGUACCCCAAAUGGCGUUUUUUCUUUGACGCAAGAGAGGGAGGUGGAUUGGGCUUCCGAGUCGAGGAUAAGGAGGCUGAGGAUUCUUCUAGUGGAUUGUAA